AUGUCGCUUUUCAGAAUUGGCGGUGCUAGCCUUCGGGUCAGCAGAAUUGCUGCACCUGUCAAUGCUCGUUUUGUCUCCAGUGCCCCCACGGGCAUCCCCUCCGUGAAGACCGACACUUCAGAUGCUCCCACCACCCCUCGCAAGGACAGCUCCCUGAUCAGCCAUGAGACUCCCUCCGAGGCCAUGACCCGUCACCAGCCGGAUUAUGACGCUACCAUUGACCACGGCACCUCGCAAUUCUCCCCGGUGCCCAAGCGCGUGAUGGAUGGUAGCGAGCCCGGCGACACUCUAGCUGCGGCCGUUCUCUCCGGAGCUCCUACUGAUCUGCAGGCCCGCACUGCCCGCAUCUACCGCCCCAGCAAGGCCGCAACACAGUCGGGUACCUGGCACCAGCACCAUUGGCGCAUGGACUGGGAUAUCCUGCAACGUGGUCACCGUUGGGAGAACCCGCUCAUGGGGUGGCAAUCGUCCGCCGAUAAUCUGCAGGGAACACACCUGAAGUUCAAGUCAAAGGAAGACGCCAUCGCGUUCGCUCAGAAGCAGGGCUAUGAAUACUUUGUUCAGGAACCUAACGAGCGCCGUUUCGUGCCCAAGUCCUACGCCAACAACUUCGUUCACGAGCCCAAGAAGCUCAAGCACAUCAAGACCAAAUGA